AUGGUCUGGGGCAGUAUGUCAUCAAAAGGAGUAGGAAAACUUCAUUUUAUUGAUGGAAAUGUGGAUACAAACAAAUAUUUGGCAAUUUUAGAAGAAUCGCUUUUACCAGUGAUGGAAGAAUGUUUGACAUCCGGCCAAGAUUUUGUGUUUCAGCAAGAUGGUGCAGCGUGCCAUACCUCAAAAAAGGCUAUAAAAUGGAUGGAAGAAAAUAAUGUACCACUUUUGAAAUGGGUUUCUAGCAGUCCAGAUCUGUCACCUAUUGAAACUUUGUGGCACGAAAUGAAAAAGGUUCUACGACAACAUCCUGCUCGUACAAUCACCGAACUGAGACAAAAGCUUCAAGAAAUAUGGGAUUGUUUUACACCAAAUUUUUGCCAAAACUUGGUUAACACUAUGCCCCAAAGAAUUUCAGACGUAAUAAAAAAUAAAGGUGAUGUUACCCAAUGGUAG